CAUCGAGACUACAACAUCAACAGUAUUCAAAUCGUGGAAAAAAAAAGUUUUCUAGGUCUGGUGCACUGUACGAGCUACUAAAUGGCAUCGCUUUCUACGAAAAAUUGGGGCAAUGGAAAGGAUUUCUGGGGAAUGAAUUGGCAGUACGAUCCACAAUGGAUAUUGAACGAGGAACAAAAGGAAAUACAGCUGAAACUAAUAGAAUGCUGUCGUACACUCAUCAGACCCAACGCAGUAAGUUUUUGGUAUAACGAGUUACACCAUGUUAAUUCAUUAUCUUGAAUUUAAUUUCAAAUUUGUAAGACGACUAUUGAAAAAAAGAGUUUUCUUUUGCAAUUUCGUGGCGAAAAUUGGAGCGAGUUCGCGCGUGGAAAGAGGAACGAGGAACGAGGAACGAGGAGAGUGUGAACACGCAUUCGAAAUAGAAAACUGAUCAGCGCUGGCGCUGUCGGAUUAAGAUUAUAGACGAAAUGCAUUCAUGGAUUAAGUCUUCUAAUUUUCUUCUUCCUGUUUUCGCCAAGGCCUUUUUUGAAUAAAAUUCCUGUGUUUCAAGAAUCAACGGAAACUCUACAAUUUUCCUCUUUUUAGGACAAUCUAAAUUUCCGAGUGUCACUCUACCACUCUUAGGGGAGGGCACAUUGCAUAUUACAUUAGCCUAAAUUCAUUGUGAACAGUUUUGAGCUUCGCUAAAAAAUUCCGUCAUAUUUUGUAACUGUAGAGUGUAUUUCAUAUUGUGGAUUCUGGGUAAGAAAUGCGGGUUGGGAAACUACCCAUCGGUACUAGAUAUAUUCCGCAUUAGUUCUUUGGCAGUAGGGGACUCUUUGUUAGGAAGAUAUGAGGUGUCUUCUUAGGCCCUGUCAUGUCCGUACUGCAAAGGAUAAAUUCAAAACUUAAACGAUCGGGCCGUCGUCCAUACUUCUCCGAAUAAAUUUUUCGCUCAAAACUGUAUUUACGAAAAUGUUCUCCAAAGCGAAUGAAUUUUACCCGCUGUUGGGUCUAAACUCGAAGGGAAAAAAUUUUGAAAACAAAGCUUUACGAACAUGUGCAAACAAUUUUUUUCAAACGAAAUUCAUCAGUUAUCGCUGAGUAAUGUUUUAAGUGGGGGAAAAGUUAUCUAUUUCAACAAAAAUCUCAUGUUAACGGAAACAAUUAUCAAUGACGUCUCUUAACGGGUGCAUAUGAUUUCGCUCAAAACUGUAUUUACGAAAAUGUUCUCCAAAGUGGAUAAAUUUUAUCCGCUGUUGGGUCUAAACGCGAAGGGAAAACAUUUUGAAAACAGAGCUUUACGAAAACGCACUUUGAUCAGUUUUUGUUAAACGAAAUUAAUCAGUUAUCGCUGGGUAAUGUUUUACGUGGGGGAAAAGUUAUCUAUUUCAACAAAAAUGUCAUGUUAUCGGAAAUAAUUAUCAAUGAUGUCCCUUAACGGGUGCAUAUGGUCGAUACUUCGACGCAAGGGGGUGCUCAACGCCUUUCCGAGGGGGUGGGGAAAAGUUUGGUCUUGCAUCUUAGUCGUGUUACAUUCGCCACUGAUGAUUCUAUCCCCCUUUCCCUUCUCCCCCCGAAUUCCCCCCCGCCCCCCCCCCCAAAUAAUUCUUUGAAAUCGAUACUAUAAAUUAAAAUUCAAAUUACAUGUACGUGAAAUAAUUUUGUCUAUGUCAAAGAAAGGUCAAUUACAAAAUCCAAAGAAUGAUAAAAAACAGAACUAUGAAUAUCGUCAAUUUAUGCGAAGAUUCUAGGUCUCAUACGCAAAGAUGAAAGCAAGAGAAGUAUGAUUUCAGAAUGUCAUUAUACAGUUGUUUUUCUUCUUAAAAAACUCCAAUCUUUGUUCAUAAACUUGCAUCUGGGUCAGUUUCGAACGAACCGCAUUGAUUUGAUUAAGUCACUUCUCGAACUUCACAUAUUUUUAUUUGAUAUCUGAAAACAGGAAAAACAAUUCAUUUUCAAAGAUUUCUAAAUCGUGACUUUUUCUGAAUUAUCUCUUGCUGACAUCGCAGCUCUCGAUGAGCGCACUUCAAGUGUCUAGAAAUUAUGGUGAUUUAAUUCCUCUUAAAACAAAAAAUUUUCCACGUUGCAUUAUCGGUGAAGUUUCAUCAUAAAGCCAUGAUCACGAUAACUAUCGAGUCAUGAUUACGAAAAAUUUCCUCUUCCGAAAAUAAUAUUUAUUUGGCUAAAUUAUAGGCAAUCUUCUGCUAGUUUGCAACAGUUAGGUCAUGUUUUCGUCUAAAACCAUGAUUCCUGAUUCUAGAAGAAAAGAAUAAACAAGCACAAUAUAACUCGUUCAAGAUCGCAUGUACGGUUUUAAAUCGAGACCACCCAGGACGUGAGAAAAUUAAAACAAUAUGAGAGAACGCCCUUUUCCUUGGCAAAGGAAACAAGUUAAGUGUAUUUUAAGGGGGGUCAUGACUAUCUCGCCUUGGCGGUGAGACAAACACAGCAUGAGUCCUUCGACAUCGCAUGUACUGUUAUAACUCUAGACCACUUAGAACUUGAGCAAAUCGGAACAAUACGAAGGAGCGCCCUUGUUUGUGGGAAAGGAAACAAAUCAAGCAUAAGUUGGAGGGGGAUAUAAUCAAUUCGCCAUGGAAAUAAACGAAAAAUACCUGUUGAGAAACUUUAAGAAAUGGAGAGCCAGAAGCUUUCAAAAAUUUGCUAAAUAGGGACAAGUUUGGCUUAUGAUUUUGUGGGAGGACGACUCGGAUUUACUUGUCCUUGAUUCGAUACUGAGUGCAAGCUAAAAUUGACACAAAUUUUUUAUCUUUUAAUAAGCUUGUCACUCAUGAAAGAUAAGGAAAAAGCUGUGAAGAAGUAUCAGUUCUAAAAUGACAGAUGAGUCGUAUGAGAAAAUUUUUCCCAUACAGAUCUAAUUGCCACACUUUCUUUUAUAUUGUGUUGCACCCUGAAACGCAUAUCUUUACGUGCUGGAAUUUUGUUUUCGUCAUAAUAUGAAAGCAACGUGCAUCAACUCAUUGAUUUAUUUUCCAAGGGUUUGUGUCUUUAUUACAAUCAACAAAGCCAUAUAUCAUCCUUAAUUUCAUUUGGUCUGCAUGUUUUCGGGCUAAAAUAGUGGCCUUGUUCAGUCGCAAAUAAGUUCUAAAAGAUAAUUUGUUAUUUAAAUAACACGCUUUGGCUGGUCCAGAUGGAUAUUGGCGUCUGGGCUUAACCCUAAGAUUGUCAAAUUUAUCUUUAGGAGUUUAUUUCUCACAGAGGACUUAUCUGAUCUUUUUGACGUUAUCAAUUGCCUUUCCUAUAGGUAUUCUGACAUCGCAAAAAUCACGAGAGGCUUAGAAAAUUUUUUCUGCAGAUGUUGAGAUCCAAAGGUUGCUUUCUUGAAUUCUUUGCCAUCACUAUCGGGAGACUUGAAACUGUCUCAUUGGGUUUUAAAAUGUACAAAUGCCAGCAAACUGAAACUCCAGACAUAAAACGUGUCUUCUUAUACAAGAGAGAGGAUUAGGUUAAAAAGUUACAAAAAAAAGACGUACGAUUUUGAGUUCAAGCUGGUGUACUUGUGAUUAUCAUGGGGGGACGCACGUCUGCCCGCAUGCCAGUAUCAAAUUAAGCAAAAUUCCUUCAAUUCUCAGGAAAUAGUUUGGAGUGAGUAAAUAAGCUUAUAGAGAUAUUAAAUACACGAUCAAAGGCCUACUCUGACAAAGAAAAGCAUAGACUGUCCUUCAUUAUAUUAAAGAACUUCAUAGCCACAAUUUCAUAGUUCUUUCCUUUCAGCGUGGCAUUAGGACUCGCUCAAGAACUUUCUGUGGCUUGUAGGUAUAACAUCAGACUGAUAAAAAGAAGUUCUGAGAUUCAAUUCCAAAUAAGAACUGAGUAUUUCUUUAAAAACAUUGCUUCUUAUCUUCCUCGUUGUAACUCAAAGCCCUAUUAGCUGUUUCAUGCUCAUUCUCAGCCAGUAAUAAUACUUCGGAAUCUAUCAGAAGCCUGAUCCCGUUUUGAGCACGAGAUGGUGUAAGUCAUGGAUGUAUGAUCACCUCGUAUCAAGGGGUUGGAAAAUCGUCUAGUCUACUCAACAAAACAAAAGACGGACGUGGAAGGAUCAAUCGACAAAGGAAAUCCAAAACACAAUCAAAUAUCAUUUUCCUGGCAUGACUAAAUCGGAUAUUUCUUUCAUAUUGAGCCAAACGACUUUGACCGACCACAAUUAGAUUGGCGCGCCCACAAUAUUGUGAAUCGAGGAAACUAUGAAUGUCAUUGUAAACAAAUCAUUUAUCUAAUGAGCUGAGCCGGCCGGAAACGAUGUAAAGUUAUUUGCCUCGUUUUAUUGUUUCCCUGUAGUUUUUUUUUUUAACCCUAUACACCCGAACAUCAGAAUCAAUAUUCUCCAUACCCUUCUGUAUAAAUUUUCUUUGGUACUGAUAAGGAGAAUUCGAUUUAAAAAGAUUUAUAAGCUGGCGAUAAUUUCGUUCGUUGUCAUAACCUUAAUGAAGGAUUCAGCGCUAUUACUGUAAGGAGAAAAUUAGAUGCUGUUCACUCUUGGAUUUUAAUGGGUUAACGUACUAGGUACAAAGCAAGAGUCGUCGGUAACAGUUCUGGAAGGAACUCGAGUAUGUGCUGCGCUUUCUGUUCAGCGGUCUCAUUGAGUUUAAGAGUUGUUGUAGCUACGGCCACACCAAUCAGUGGUGCAUGCCUUGGUGAAAUAUUAAGUAUGACCUAUAGGAAAGGCAGGUUAUUAGAUGAUUAAUGACUCUUCAGCAGCAAAAUGAAAGUCGAUAAAAAUUCAAAGUAUAUUGAAUCCAAGACGUUCGCCUAUGAGAAAAUGUGAACAAAAGGUUAAGGGCACCCCCCCUUUUUCAGGGAAGGAACAGAGGAGCUAAGAACACAGUGAAGCCACAUUACUCGUGAAGCCUUAAGGAGCAGUUUUCAUGUAUCGCUAGGGUGAGGGGGGGUUAAGGGGGGUCACAUGGUUUUCAGGGGAACGGAGGGACGAUAAAAAAAUGACCAGUCCUUUACCUCAAUACCAAAAACACCUAAUCAUCACAUCAAAUGAGACAUUUUAGUUAUAUGCCAACUAAAAGUGUUCCAAUAAAUAUUUAGGCAAUAUGCGAUGAUACUUAUACAUUUCCAAGGAAGAGCAUGGAUGCCUUGGCUUCUCUUGGUCUUUUGGGACUUAUCGUGCCUAAAGAGUUUGGUGGCCUGGGACAGAGUCACGUGUGUGCAGCAAUGGUCGUGGAGACAAUAGCACGAUAUGGUUGUUCAAGCACUGCAAUGGUCUAUGGUGAGUCCUCGUUUCACGAGAAGCAAAAAUUCUGCCAUAAACGAGACAUUGAAUUUGUUUAAGAGUAACAGGUAUAUUUACCUAAAUUUGAGGGUACUUCUAAGAGGGAGACACUGUUUUUAAGGUAACCAUAUAUCAUGUGAGGGAAAAUGAUAACAUGACAAAAAAUAUUUGGCAUUUGUAUCACACUGCUUUCAAGUAAAUUCAUGAAAAAUAGUGGUACCAUAAAUCCAUCAAAGAUUUGCCAUAACAAAACUGUACCGGGGCGUCUUUAUCAAAAGUUCACAUAAAAUUUUUGUAUUCUUCGUUUUGCAGUUAUGCAUUUAGGUGCAGUCGCUUCUUUGCUAUUCCGACAUCACAAUAACAAAACAAUCCAAGAUCUGCUGAGAAGACUUGACAGUGACAAGUUGAUUGGCACCCUGGUUUUCAGUGACCCCGCGACAGGUACGCAAAUGUAAUAUAGAGGAGUGAUGAAAUGAAUAAAUAAAUAAAUAGAUGAAUAAAUGAAUGAAUGACUGGAUGACUUGACCCUUUAACUCACACAUGUGAUUCACGUACAACUUUUCAAAUAUCUAUCUACUAUCCAGCAAGAAGGUCAUGAAAGUACUCAAAUGUAUUAGGUAGAAGUUAUCUUGAUCUAACACCAAAUUCUUGCAACUAAUUUAUAAGGAAAUGUGUAGCAGCCGAAGGGGAGAACUAAUAAUCGGAUCCUGGUAGUUAAAAGGUUAAUAGAUAAAUAUAAGGUUUUAGUAUUUUUACAUUCACAAUGUGGCUCUCUGUCUCCUGAUUCCAAGUCGAAAUCACAAUUUCCGAUUUUGGCUGUUUCGUUUUUGCUGAAGGAGGUAAAUCAGCAGAUAGCCCCCCAAAAUAUUUUGAUUUCACAACAAAAUCAUCAUAAAAUUCUCACACUCUAUGUAGAUGUGAAUCGAACCAAGGCCUUAUCGAUAAAAGGCGUGCAUGCACAUCUUUCAGCUAUUCCUGCUGAGUGCGCUCAAUAAUUGAGUCCCAACACAAAGUUUUUCAUAAUUAAAUAAAGAUUGAAAGAAGGAAAAAACUGAACGUCGGAGAUAAAAUUUCUCUCUAAUCCUUCCGUCAAUUGUCAUACAAUUGUCUCCAUUGAGAAGAAGACCAAACAAAUGAUAGAUUUCAUCAAUAUUCUAUUCUUUUGCUAACCUUCUUGCAAAUGACUCACGUGCACAAUGCGUACCUAUUUAUUGUCUCUCCACAGGCGGACAUAAUUGGUUUCCAUUCAACUCCAAAGCUAAGCAAUAUGAUGACGGCACCAUUCAAGUUUUACGUCACGGUGCUUGGGUAACAAGCGCUGGAUUUGCAGAUUUCUACGUUGUUGAAAGUACAAGUCCAUCAUUCGGAGGAGACUACAUGAAUCUGAGUCUGUUUCUUAUGUUUAAGGUAAACCUUGUGCGUUGAUAAAAGAAAAGUGUUCUCGUUUGUCUCUUCAAAUGGUUGUUUGUGAUGUAAUAAAAUAAUAUAGACAUUCCAGGAGCAUGGCAUGCAUGCCCACAAUAACGAAAAAGAGAAAAAAACGCAAAGAAACAAACAACAACACGAGAGCCAUACAGCAUUGAACUGACCAAAGGAUCGAAUACUCGAAAUGGAAAUUAGUCAAUUACUUAUUUUGAAAAGCAACCAGUCAAAAAGGCGUAGUGGGCUUCAUAAGUUGACGUCAUCACCUAGUCAAGAAUGACUGGAAUCUUGCGAUCUACUUCCAAAGUGACUUUAAUCGUGACAUAAACGAUAAUAUUUUAUCAUUUGUGUGCUCCCCAUCCAGGCUAAGCGAUAAUUUUUACGAUCUCGUAUGCUGAUCCCAUCAUCAUGUUUUUAUAAAACUCAACAGAACGAAGUGCGUUCCAGCACCGAUGACUGGUCUGCGUUGGGCAUGCGCGGUAACCAGUCUAGCCCUGUUGUUUGUGAAGGUCUAUUGUCACCAGACAGACUUGUUGGUUCCUUUGGUAAGUGUUAUUGGACCAGAACAUUCUAUUGCAUUUCCACUAAUAGAUUUCAUCAUCACAGGGCGGUUUUGAAAUCUCUGAUCUAUAGGUUGAUCUAGGGGGAGAAUCACGAGGGGGCCGAACCCACUCCUAUUAGACCUACAGGUUCUCUUAAUCUCGUACCCAGAUUCUACCGUGUAACUGGCCGUGAAAGGUCUGGGCACGAGACUAGGGUUAUCUUAGUACUUGUCUGAAAUUAAAAUUCUUGCAACUACAGUAUCGUAUGUUACUACAUAAUAGUAUUCAAUACUUACUUGUCCUGUAUCAUAUAUUACGUGAUUUAAGCUAUGGUGUAAAUAAAAAUUUGGACCCCCAAUAUGAAAAAUUCUUGGAUCCGCCCUUGUAAUUCCAGCAGUAUGCUGAACACUUAUCGCAUAUGAAUCCAGUGAUGACCUCGCUCAUCAGCAAGUUCUUUGUAGCUUAGCUGGUACAACACAUGGCCACAAGAUCUGAAAGUUUGAUUUUCCUAAGCUCGCGGGGGACUUAAACUUUUACUUAGUCUAACGUUCGUAAUAAGCUGGUUUCAACAAUCUUUGUUUGUUGAUAAAUUACAUUUCUAUGCGUAUACAACCGAACCUCAUUUCAUUCUUUAUAAAUAGGUGAAUUUCCAUUAGCUGCACAUGAAGUCAUCGACCCAUACUUCCUACUAUUCAGCUCGGCCUGUUGGAAUGGAAUUUCCCUGGGUUCUAUGGAUAUUGCCAAAAAACACGUGAUUAGAACAGAACAUGUCGAUAAGGGGAUGCGCGUGGCGGACUAUCCAGUUAUACAGGUAACAUGCUAGUGCCCCCCACCCCUCCCGCCCCUAUUUUCUGAUAUUCUAUUUGGAUUGAGAGAAGAAGGCUCUAUAACCUCUUAACUAAACUAAACAAAACGCUUUCGUUUCCAUUCUCUUUCCUUCAUUAUUUACAUUCUUCUGUUAAUCUUUAUUUGUCAGUUAUAUAUUUUUUAUGGAAUCCUUGUUAUCAAGCUUACUAAAACAGGCUAUUUUCUCUAUCUUUUUUUCAUCUCUGAAUAGGACUACUUUGGAAGAUCCCUUACAGAAACCAACUGCAGCCGUAUGAUGUUGUUCAGUGUGGCACAAGCCAUGGAUCGAGUGACCAAUGAUAACGACUGGUCCAUAUAUGAACAACCGUUCAUGGUACCUAUGUAUGUCGUAGAUUCCACUCUUAUUUCAAACCCUAAAUCAGAGGGGAUCUUACAAUGACGUAAUGUUGCAUAAAGUCAAUUCAGGUCACUUUACGUUUCAUGACGCCACUUCACCUCACGCUUCUUCACGUUGUUUUUAGUCAACCUUGCGUCAAUUUACGUCAUAUCAUAUAUGUCACACCAACUCAUGUUAUAAUAUGUUUCAUAAUGACCUCACGUGGAGUGAUUAUAACAAGUCCUGGCGCACUUCUUGACCAACAAGGCCCUUGUUCUCGCCGAGCGCGAGAAUCUGUAUAAUCACUUGAGUUAUCAUACUAGUGUGUCAUAUCGCAUCAUGACAUGUCGAUCACAUUCCGCAUAAAAUACACCUCCAUCAAACUAUUCCACCACGUCUCCCAUUUUUGUUAAACGUAUGCUAUUUUCUAAUAACUUAUCGGUCGGGAAUUUUUUUUAAGCGUUUAUUUGUAAAUCUUUAUAUUAUUCCUUUUGUAGUCGCGGUCAGUUCCAUCAUUGGUGUUUUCAAGUCAAAAUCAGGGCAGCUUCUAACGUUGAUGCCGUCACAAAUGAAAUGAUGCACGCCUGUGGUGGAGUUGGAUAUAAGAAAGAACUUGGUGGGUAAAAAUAUUUUAACAAUAGGCCUUGUUUGUUAGUAGCCUCGUUUCAGUGUCAACUUAAGCGAGGCUACUAAGUGGCAUACAAAAGAGGACUUGGUUUCUUGGGUGUGUGAUUUUCACUGUAACUAAAAAGUUCUAUCAAGAAAAGCGGGUUCUUCAAGGUGAAAGGAAAAGAGGCGAGGAGCUGGGAAGUCUAAGACAUCUGUAUAUCUCACAGACUUCGCAGAUUUAGGCGGCUGAAUAAGUGGCUGAAGGGUGGCUGUUUUCAAUAGAAGGGGGGACGCUCUCAGCUUUUGUGCAGGACUUCGAAUCCUAUUUGGUCCCAAAUCAGGUCAGCCUUGCCAACAGGCGUUUUCUUUUCCUUAGCUGUAAGCGUGCAUAGUUUGGGAAGGGCUGUUCUUUAUCAGUCUCCCACGCUCACUCAAACGUCCAUGUUUAACCGCGUAAGGAAUGCCUAGGCACUGGACUGAUUACAGACCUUGGUGGGACUUAUUGUACUUUCCAUUUAUGCAGGGGCUCCUGCCCAUUAUAGUACCUCUCUCUCUCUAUCAUGAGGGAACUUGGUAGUAAAAACAUAAUAUCCUCAUCACAAAGUAACCCGACUAUAGAGAUAACUUCAACUUUAUAAUGAAGAAACUCAUCAUGUUUGGCUCAUGUACAUUGUAGGUCUGGAACGCCUUCUCCGGGAUGGCAAAGCAGGAUGGUUAAUGGGCGCCAGUAACGAGGUGCUCAGACAAAUUGUUGGAAAAACGAGCCUGUUUGGGCUUGAAGUCUUGGACCUCUGGUAAAUAAUUUAUCCUGGUACUAAUUCAUUCAUGUCCACACUAGUUAACUAGAAGUUUAUUCGAAAUAGAUGAUUGAAAUUUUAUUACAUUGUUCGAGUUUGACUCUGCUUUUACUUUGGGUAAAUGCAUUUCGUUAUGAUCGAAAAGUUUACGUGAGUAAAGUUUACUGUUCCGACCCUGUGAAUUAGUUUUCUUGCUUUUUAAGAAUGUCAUCUUUUCAGUUUUAUUCUUCCGUUUAGUCAUCAAGUUCGAAAACACAAAGGCCUGUUGGACUCCAGAUCGAAAAGUUUGAUUGCGAGCCUUGGGCGAGUGACUUUCUUCAUUUUCUGCAGUGUAUUUGAAAAUAACUUUUUUCUCUCCCUUGUAAUUCUCAGGGGAAAGGUUUCUGAUACACGUGUGCUUAAUUCAGAACUGAGGAAGCUAAGUGCAGAAGAAAAGAAAGAACUGGCGCGCAAACUUCUCAUUGAAGCCAGUAAUGAAGACAACGAUUUCAACCACAACAUCGAGCUUCAGAAUUCUUACCAAGACUCGGAGUUUGAAAAUCCAUUCAACACCAGUCCUCCAACUAUGUUGAAAUCUCUGGACAUAGAUGACGAGUCGUCUCGCAACCCUUCUCUCAGACCAAACGAGUUCACCGCCCUGAAACUACACUCAGUAAAACCUCUCGGGGAAACGCUUGCCGAGUACACAUUUUCUCUUCCCCAGGCUACAGACUUCACUGGAUGCUUCCCUGGUCAAUACGUCCUGGUGAGGAUUGGGAAACACCAGAGGUUUCUCUCCCCUGUAUCACGCGCAAAAGAAUUGGGCAAAAUUUCGCUCUUGUUGAAACAUGAGACCAAUGGAAUAUUCUCCAACUGCAUCCGUGCUCUUCAAAUUGGUGAGAAUAACAUAACAAAAUAUUUAGAAGUUAAAUGUAAACCUAUACUCUGAAAAUUCAGCGAACAACAUGCUUCAUGAUCCAGCUCCUUCUUUAACGACGAGCCUUCGUCUACUAAGACUAAGACUGACAUAGGCUUUUCGUUCUUUAUUUUCCAAUGCAUCAAGUUUGUGGGACGGAUUAUCUUAACUAGAGUUCGACGGCGCUUACGUGUCGUUGUAGUAUUCCUUAAAACCCUAGAGGAAAUUUUCUUGAAGCAAAUAAAUGUUGUUUACCAAUCUUUUCCCCCUACAAUAAUAAUUAAACCUAAGGUGAUUCUUUUUCUUUCUUUCAUUUUCACACGCAAAUAUAGAAAUAGACUUAAAAAGUACCUUGAAAGUCGUUUCGUCAGUUUGACGCUAUGAUGUCAAAUUGCGUACCUAGCCUUGUUCCCGGGGUCCUCGAGAGAGAGAGAGAGAGAGAGAGAGAGAGAGAGAGAGAGAGAGAGAGAGAGAGAGAGAGAGAGAGAGAGAGAGAGAAAUGAAGAUGGUUUGCUACUAAGCAGUAUCGUCUGUGUCGAAUACUAUUUUUAUCGGCAAUGAUAACCGCCUGGGUAAAAUAAAUCCAAAGAACUUUUUGAUCUUUUCUUCAGGUGAUACCGCAGAUUUUCGCGGACCUUGCGGUGGAUACGAGUAUCAGCCUAAUUCUACCAAGUAUUUGACUCUGGUGGUGGGAGGUAUGUCCUGCCAGCCUGCUGUUCAGAUUAUACGUGAAAUAAUGGCUAAUCCUAAAGACCAGACCUCUGUAACCCUGGUCCUCUGUGCCGCCAGACCAGCUGAUAUACCUUACCUCCAAGAAUUGCAGAAAUACGCCUUACAUGACAAACGUCUUACAGCUUCAUUCACGGUGUUUGAAGUCGACUGUGAUGAUUGGAAGGGAGGAGAAGGUUAUAUUGAUGCAAAGUUUUUGUCUAGUACCCUUCCCCUCCCAGAAGAGUCUAGCCAUCGUGUGGCUGUGUGCGGAGGGCCCCGUAUGGUCCUGGGAGUACUUCAGGGGCUCAGAACGCUGGGUUACUCAAGUGACAAGAUCUUUGUGUACGGUCAGUUUGGGGUCCAACAAAUCAGGGCUGUUUAUGGAAAACAUGCAAAGCUGGCAGAGCAUAAGGAGACUCACAUUAUCAACGGAUAUCAUUAAACAAACGUCUUCAUACGGAUUACCAGAAAAUAAGCCUGCGUCUGCAUGCUUAUGAUUGGAGAAGUAAACUUCGCCCUUGACUAAAUAGGAUACCAUGAUAUUUCAAGCUUCUUACAUCUCUCACUGUACGGACACAUCGAGAAAGACUCUUUUAGGCUGAGAACAAUUGAUUGUUCCCAUCGGAUCGACUAGAACUGAACUCUAAAAUUAACUGUGAAAAUUUAGGGUCAAGUUUGUGCAAAGAUUAACAAUUUUGCAUGAUUGGCGCGACUGACUAACGAAAAACGGUUACGAUUUUGACUACAUAGAUCACCAAAUGCUUGAGAACGGAUGCUCCUUACCUUUAACCCCUUUUUAAUUGGUCAAAACAAGUUUGUAAAUAUGUUGGUCAAAUGAUAUGACCCUAUAUUAAUCCAUGACAUAUAUAUCAAUAAAUGUACCUUGAACACGACGAGUAGUUAAAUAAACAUAUGUAAAUCAGUAUGGAAUAUGUGGCUGUAAAUAUCCUUGUAAAGGAUUCGACCUAUACAUAAAAUCUCCUUCUCGAUCUUGUUCGAAAAGUCUUUUGUUCCUCAACUUUUACUGGAUUGUUCUCUUAAUUAAAUAGGUAAAAUCAACUUAAUGAAGAGAAAUUUUCAGCCUGGUGAAACAUAUAUGUCUUUGAAUGUUAUUCUAUCCGAUCCGUCUUUUUUUGCGACUGUCAUUAUCUCUCCGUUUUUUUGUCGGUCUCUAAAUAUUAAACGUAUCUCCUAGUCUUCCUGUG